CUAUGAAAAUAGUAAACGAAAUUUUUUUCCGGUGAGUCGUUGAUCUUUCGCUCACAAUAAAUGUGGUUAUUUUUUCAGUCCAGUCCAAGUGAUAAUUUCAAUAAAUCAUAAUAAAACAAUUAAAAAGUGAUAAUCAACAAUAACCACCAGGUCAAUGAUAGAAAAUUAAAAUAAAAAGGCUGAGUAAACAAAGCCUUAGCGGAUUAAUCACCAAUUGCUUGAACUACACGACAAUUGGAUAAUUAAAAAAAAAAAAAAACAAUGGCUGAAGAGAGCACGGGGGACAGUAAGCAGGGUCAAUUGUCACCGCGAAGUCCUUCUGGAGUUGGAGUUGCCGGUGGAGUGGUCAAUAAGCCGACUAGUCCAAGGUCACCGACAGCCAAGCCGACGAGAAGGGUCAGAUUGACGGAGCAGCAGCUGGAGGCUGCCAGUAAGGAAGAACUUGCUGGGAAAUGGCGAGAGCAGGAGUCCUAUAUUGAGAUACUGGAGGCUCAGGCUUCUGCUCAGGAAGGUGAACUGGCGAGCUUAAAAGAGUCUGAGGAAAAAUUUCGCCAGCAAUUUACAGAAGCGUCUUACCGUGAAAAAAUUUUAGUAAGAAGACUUGCGUCCAAGGAACAAGAGUUGCAAGAUUAUGUUAGUCAAAUAACAGAAUUAAAAGCUGCUCAAACACCAUCAGUAUCUUCAUUACGGUCAGCGUUAUUAGACCCAGCGGUUAACAUUUUAAUACAAAAACUUCGCCAAGAGUUAUUAACGACCAAAGCUAAGUUGGAAGACACGCAGAAUGAAUUGAGUGCAUGGAAAUUUACUCCCGAUAGUAAUACUGGUAAGCGUUUGAUGGCUAAAUGCCGUCUGUUGUAUCAAGAAAACGAGGAUCUAGGACGUAUGAUUUCAAGCGGAAGAAUUGCAAAGCUAGAAGGUGAAUUAGCGCUACAAAAAAGCUUCAGUGAAGAAGUAAAAAAAUCACAAUCAGAACUGGACGAGUUUCUCCAAGACCUCGACGAAGACGUCGAAGGUAUGCAGUCAACCAUAUACUUCCUGCAGCAAGAGCUGCGUAAAGCUCGUGAGUCAGUGACACUGCUCCAGCAGGAGAACUUAGCGCUGAAGUCGCUGCCGAACGAGAACAAUCUUUCGAACGGAUUGUCCCCUCACACGCCUCCGAUAAUUAAAAAAGAGGAAGAGCAGGACGAGCUGGAAAACGAAGUAAUAAUGAGCAAAUCGCUGACGAUUGAGCCGGAGGAGUACAAAGUGGAUGAAGAUGGCGCUUGCACCCCACCGCUUAAGAACCAAGUGGCGAUACCAGCGACUCAGGAGAACGACGAGAGUUCCAGUGAUUCCGCGGCUUUAAUAAUAAAAGUCGAGAACGAAGAACUGUCUGAUCGUGAGAACGAGGAGGAUGAGAGUAAAAGUGGGAGGACGUUGAGAAGGACUAAGGGUGCUAAAUGUUGUAGUAGCGGUAGUAGUAGUGCUGGUGAUAAAACAAAUGGUGAUGACUCGACCUCCUCUAGGACUACUAACGCCCUCAGGCUAAGAGACAGGGGUGAUUGCCGGACCGUUGACAGUAGGGGGGACCGGGAGAGGACUAAACGCGAUAAAAGUGCACAUAGUAGUGAUGAAGAGCAGCAUCGCCAGAUUAGAGACUGCGGUAGGUUAAAAAAGAAAAGACGUGAAAGUAUUUUGUCUAUUGAUUACAAUGACGCUGACGAUGAUGCGAUUGUUUUAACAAACGGGGAAACGUUACAGAGCGAUCCCGAAUAGUUUUGUUUAUUUAAAUGAUAUUAAUGGAAUUCUUAGGUGGCGCCCUCUACUUUUUUAACUGAUACAGUUAUUGUAAAGAGUCAAUUUUUGUGGUAAUUUUAUUUUUUUAUUUUUGUUCUGAUCAGCAAACAGAGAACUUGGUUAUAAUUUUGCCAUUAAGUAGAUUCGAAAUAUUUUUAAUUAUUCUUGUUAUAAAUUAGCGGGUGAAUAUUAUGAGAGAAAUAAUUUUUCUGGUGACAUUUAUAAUUCAAAAUGGCGGACUUACUCACUUUGAGCAGGCAUCCAGCGCUACUAGUGUUCAAUUCACCAACUUUAACUAAAGACUAGGUAAAUGAAAUUUUAUUUCAUGAGGUUACUGACAAAUUAUCCGUUUUAUUCGGAUGUAGUACUUUAAAUUAUGAAAAAAGUUUUGCAGAAAAUUAUAAAUACUACCACUAGUGAUGCUUCAUUCUCUGCUUGGAGUGAAUGGGUGAAAAUCUUAUGAAAUUGCUAAUUUAUAAUGAUUUUUAAUUUAUUUACGUUCGUUUUAUUUUUAAUUGGUUGUUUGAAUAUUGUAAUAUAGUAGUAUUUCGAUAUUUAAAAGUGAGGGUGUUGUCCAAGAAUGACUUUUAGAAGCUGAAAUUCAAAAUGGUAGUUUUUAAAACAUGAUUGAUUAUUUUUUUGUUAUGACUCUGGAACAAAAUUUUUAUUUUAUUGAUUAUUGAAGGAAAAUUCGUGAAUGUUUUGUAAUUAUACAAAUUUUAUUUUUUUUUUAUUUUAAAUGGUAAUAGUAAUAAGUCUAAUUACUAUAAUCAGAAAAAUAUAUUUUUUUAUUUUUACUGAAGUGAGUUUCGCGGGCAUGAAUUUUGCAGAUAAUAAUUUGUAAAAAUUUGUUGAAUAAUAAGUAAUUUAAUUUGUCUAAAAAAAAUUAACUUUUGAAAAAUAGCAUUUUGAAUUUCAGAUUCUUAAUUAUACACUUCCAAAUUAUAAAAGAAGACCGCAAGCUUUUAAAUUUUGUCAAUAUUAGGAUAAAUAAAAACAGAUAAAAAUUUUUUCGACUGAUGAUUUAAUGGUGAUAUUAAAAUAUUGGACGACUGGUUUUGAAAGUUUUAAUCUUCGUCAGUUUCCGGAUUCUAGAAAACUAAAUUUCAAGUAUCAGAAUUAAAAAAUAUGUAAAGUAUCAAACAAACAAUAGUCAAAAUCAUUUCGCACGAUAAAUCUU